UUUUUUUUUUUUUAAAAAAAGGCGGAUAUCAUUUCUUUCACUCCAAUAAGAAAGUGAUAAACGCUUGCUGGUGAGGCCUGUUCUAGCUGCGGUGUUCUCUCUCCGCUAGCUCACAUAACCUGGGGGGAAUGCGAAAGAUGUUGCCAGAACAAUUUUGAGCAGUGAUUCAGACGUUAAAAUAGAGAAAGCUGCAGGGCAGAACGUUCCCAGCGGUGCCCUGCACAGAACUUUCUCCUGUCAAACCGUAGCUCCACUAAAUGAGAGAUCUUGACAAGCCGCCACAUUUAAGGGGGAGACUCCUGAAGAAAACACAGCCGCAUUCUCCUGUGACAUCUGAAACAUAAUACAAUUCACAGCAGGAGCUGCAGUAAGUAGGUGAUGGGCCUGGUGUGGUGUGGAACUCAGGCAGAGAUGCCCAGAGGUGCUGGCCCAUCAACGGGCACCAACGGCGGGGGGAAUGGCUACGAGACGCCCUCUGCCUCUGAUCUCCAGAGAUUGAUGUGGGUGAAGAAGGGCACCAGUGCCCACAUGGAUGAAGUGGUGCCCAGGAUCUACAUCGGAGACAUGUAUGCAGCCAAGGACAAGAGACUGCUGCAGGGCCACAACAUUUCUUACGUGCUGAACGCAGCACACGGCAAGUACAACGUCAACACGGGCGCCAGCUUCUACAGGGACACCAAGAUCACGUACCACGGCGUGGAGGCCUUCGACAUGUCCUCGUUCGACCUGAGCCCCUUCUUCUACUCGGCCGCUACGUUCAUCAAGAACGCCAUGGACACACCAGGAGGUAAAGUGCUUGUCCACUGCGCCAUGGGCUUGAGUCGCUCCUCCUCGCUAGUGCUGGCCUACUUGAUGAUCCAUGAGAACAAGACCCUGCCGGACGCCAUCAAGGCUGUGGCCGAGAACCGAAACAUUUGCCCCAACCAAGGCUUCCUGGAGCAGCUCCGGCAACUGGACAAAGAGCUGUACAGCCAGAGGAGAACAGGAAACAGAGUGUAGUGGACUACGGCAUGCUGGGAAGGAAGCGGACAGGCCAGGAGGACAUUUAAUGAACUGCAGAUGCGUCGUGAAACGAGCUUUGCAACAACAGCUUUGUGUCCAAUAGUCUGCAUCCCAAGCCCACAAGUGUUGUGUUUUGCUGUAUUUGUGACCAUAUUUGAACUCUCAGUCUUGUGAAAUAAUGGUGUCUUCAGGGCCUAUUGUGGUCACUGUCAGUUUAUAUAUACGUGAAUGUAUAUGAAGUCUUUUUUUUGUUUAUACUACAUUGUCUUUUUUUGUUUAUACUAUAUUGUCGUGUUAACAGCUCCAUUGGAGCUAAUGGACAUUUUGGCACUCGGUUGAUAAAUGAUUGUACGAGAGUUCACAGUGAAGACACAAACACAUCUGCAAUGGGGGGCUUCUUAGAGUGCGCGCAGAAAAGCGACUUGGCCACCGCCGCCAGCGUUGCUCCUCUGCAGGCCAGCUCUGGCCAGAUUCUCAGCUGUGUGCGACAGAUUGGAACCCCUCCUGUGUCUCGCUCGCUGGUUUAUAAUUAGCUUCCUGCCAAAGAGGCAAACGCUGUCCAGAAAUAAAAAAACACGCCGCCACGGAAGCAGCAACUCACGUCCGUAGGAGGUAGACAUUUGUGUUGAGGAGGAGGAGGA